UCCGGUGAUAAAAAAGAUCUUUUCGCUCACAUUAUCACGAUUUGACACACGAGGAGGAAAGAAAGAGGAACAUCGAAGAGGAAGGAAGGAAAUGUGUACGUUGCGCGACAAACAGGAUAAUUGAGUUUUCGAUCGAAAGGAAGGGAAUAUACAUAUACAUACAUACAUAUAUAUAUAUAUAGGCAAGAUUCGAGGAAAGGAUGCGCUGGAGAAGGAGAAGGAAUGAUCGAUGGAACGUCUAGGUUGUCGGGGAAAUUACUUUAACGAGUUCGCCGCCUAAUGCAUUGCGAACGACUUUGCGGCGGUGAAUGCGGCGAGAGGCAUAAAAGCGUCGACCAACCGACCUCUCUCUGUCUUUCUCUCUCUCUCUCUUUCUCCUCCCUUCCCCCUUUCUCUCUAUUUCUCUUCGAUCUUAGGCCAGAGUGCAAACUGACGCCGUACCGCCACCCGUCCACGAAAUAACCCCUCUCUCUCCCCCCCUCCCCCGCCUUCCCUCCCUUCGUCCCACGUCGUUAAUUACAUUCAUUAGCGGGGUUUCUCGCGUCUACAAUCGGGGGUUUGUACGUUGUUACGUUACGUUACGUUACGUUAUACAUUUUCCGCUGAAUAUUUUCAUCGAGUGAAUAAAACAUCGAGCUCGAGCGCGAGUUGUUUGUUGCUGUUUUUUUUUCUCCUCUUCCUUUUCUGAAGGAAAGAGGAAGGAGGUGGAGGCGAAGAGUGGAAAGAGCACGAGUGUAUGUCAUGAAGGUGUUGUAGCAAAGUGAUAGAUAGAAGUGGUGAAGUGCGAGGGAUUGCGAUUGAUCGCGCGAAAUGCCGCCCCGAUCGAGAAAGUGGUGAAGUUAGGGUGGUGAAGGAUGCGUGACACGGCGUGAAACGAUUGCGAAAUGCGUGUGAGAUAGUGUAUAUCGUCAAUAUGUGAAAGAACCUCGCCGAGGAAAAGCGAUGUCUACUUCUCUUCCCGUACUCGUCUGUUUUAUCAUUUCUUUUGGUGGUAUAGCGUCAUGUAUAAGAAAUUUUCGAACCGACUUUCUGGAGGAGUGGCCAACUCCCGGCACAGGGCCCCAUUUCGAUACCUCGAUGCAGUCGAACUUCACCGGGUUGGUGGGGAAAACCGUGCAUCUAGUGUGCAAAGUGAAAAAUCUCGGGAAUCGUACGGUUUCCUGGGUGAGGCAUCGAGACAUACAUCUGUUGACGGUCGGCCGUUACACAUACACAAGCGACCAACGCUUCGAGGCGUUACACCUUCCCCACGCCGAGGAAUGGACGUUGAGGAUACGAUAUCCUCAGAAGAAGGAUUCCGGUAUUUACGAGUGCCAAAUAUCAACGACACCGCCUAUCGGCCAUCCCGUUUAUUUGACUAUAGUCGAACCGAUCACCAUCAUCAUAGGAGCCCCUGACCUGUUCGUGAACAAGGGUAGCACGAUCAACCUAACCUGCGUGGUGAAGUACGCCCCGGAACCACCGCCCAUGAUGAUCUGGAGUCACAACAGCGAGGUAAUUAACUUCGAUUCGCCGCGGGGAGGUAUCAGCCUGGUGACGGAGAAAGGGCCAGAAACGACGAGUCGUUUAAUGAUCCAGAAAGCGGUGAUCACCGACUCUGGGAUAUAUACCUGCGAGCCGAGCAACGCGAAUCCGAACAGAAUUAAGGUGCACGUUGUUGACGAGGAAAGGCCGGCCGCCAUGCAUCACGGAGAUGGAAGUUCGUCGUACGCCGAGACACUGCCAAUGUGUUUUAUAAUUUUAAUAGUAGCCAACGUAAUAUUUGUAUAAGGGAGGGGGGUAUAUAUAUAGAGGAUCGAAGAGAUUAAAGGGAGAAGGGAUUAAGAGAAUUUUUACCCGGAAUUUUCGCGCGGUUUCGUGAAUGAUUCGCACUGCCUCUGUUAUUAACUGAUCCGAUAACAUUCGUUCGGAUAUAAAUAUUUGCGCAGGGUAAAAAAAACCGGAUAAUUACCUACAUUUACAUUCAAUUUCCGUGACCAAAGAGUUUUCGAUAUAUCAGCACGGCACAAUAAUCGAUAAGAGCGUAGUAUUUUGUUAAGAUAUAUCAUCAAGGGCGAAUAACGUACCGACGUUCAAAAAUUUAUUGUAUUAUUUGUAAAUAAAUUUAUUGUAUGUACAUAUCAAUAAAAACGAUUGUCUUUACCUUUU